AUGCCUGUCAUUGAUAUUAUCUUUAGAGUCGAUGAGAUUUGCAAAAAAUACGACAAGUAUGACAUUGACAAGCAGCGUGAGCUUGGAGCUUCCGGGGACGAUGCCUUCUCUCGUCUCUACACUUCCAUCGAUUCCGAUAUCGAAGCUGUUCUUCGUAAAGCGGAGUUGGCGUCAACGGAGAAGAAUAGAGCAGCCGCGGUAGCUAUGAAUGCUGAGGUUCGAAGGACAAAAGCGCGAUUAGCUGAAGAUGUUGUUAAACUACAGAAACUCGCUGUUAAGAAGGUUAAAGGGCUUACGAGAGAGGAACAAGAAUCCCGAUGUGAUCUAGUUAUCUCAUUAGCCGAUAGGAUUCAAGUGAUACCUGAUGGAAAUGAACAUGCGGCAAAGCAAGCUAGUAAUGAUUGGGGAGGAGGUGCUUCUGCACCUAACAAGAACAUCAAGUUUGAUAUGUCUGAGGAAGACAUGGACGAUGGAUUUUUCCAGGAAUCUGAAGAAUCUAGCCAGUUUCGACAAGAAUAUGAGAUGAGGAAAAAGAAACAAGACGAGGGUCUUGAUGUCAUAUCAGAAGGCUUGGAUGCACUGAAGAACUUAGCACGUGACAUGAACGAGGAACUUGACAAGCAAGUCCCAUUGAUGGAAGAAAUGGAAACAAAGGUCGAUGGAGCAACUUCGGAUUUAAAGAACACCAAUGUUCGACUCAAGAAACAGCUUGUGCAGAUGAGAUCAAGCCGCAACUUCUGCAUCGACAUUGUUCUUCUCUGUGUGGUCCUUGGCAUCGUUUCUUACAUCUACAAGUAA